UCAUGCUGCUGCCAGGUCCAGAGUCUGUCAUGGGUCCCUGUACGGCCUCCCAUUGCUGCUGUCUCCAUCGCCACACUCUGCCAUGUGCCACUUUCAGGUCUCCUCACACUGCUGGUGUGUUCCAUUUUUUUGUCAUAGGGUGCUGGCAGAUUACGGGCCUCCCAUAGCUGCUGCCAGGCCCCUAAUCUGCCAUGGGCCCCUAUACCGCCUCCUCAUGCUGCUGCCAGGUCCAGAGUCUCUCAUGGGUCCCUGUACGGCCUCCCAUUGCUGCUGUCUCCAUCGCCACACUCUGCCAUGUGCCACUUUCAGGUCUCCUCACACUGCUGGUGGGUUCCAUUUUUUG